UUAUCGAAUUUACAUUUUCAGCAAUGUUGGGUAUCCUUAACGGCGGCCUAGCAAUAUGGGUGGUCUUUGCUGUGUCCUACACGGCACUGUGUAUAGUCCUAUCUUUUAAAAUAUACUUCCUUAACUACGUGGUGAACGGAGUUAAGGAACUACAUCGAGAAAUUAAAACCAGGGGAUACUCUACGGACGUAUUCCUUCCAAUUCGCAGAGGUAGAUUCAUUUUCCUUCUAAUAACUAACGCAGUCAACCUCGGUUUGCUCAUAGCUGGUUUGUGCGUUUACCCUCAGAACCUCACUGACUUUGGAACCUUUCUCUUGGGAUUGUUAAUGGCAAAUGCAGUCCUUCACGCUAUAUUCUACACGUCUAUGAAG